CACCACUACAACCAAGCUAGCAACUCAAGACCUACCUCCGAAAUAGACUGUCAGGCACCUCUCGAAGAAAUCCUGUGCAAGGCGGACUUCUGGACCUCAUCCGGCCUGCAUAGUCGCAUCGACAUCAAUUUGACGGAACAGCGACGAAUCCCCCAGGCCAGGUGGACCAUCAUAUCCUGGCUACCUCUCCCCCUUUUGACUGGUAGACCUCGAUGCCGCUCACAGCCCAUCGUAGGCAUGCCAUCACAUCCCUCCUCUCGGUCGUAGGGCCCAUAUGCCUGUAUCAAUACCUCCUCGCUCCGAACCUUACCGUCUUUAUCGUCCGGCUAGUCACUCAGACCCGCUCGUCAACACCUCGAAUAGCACACCCAUCCUCAUCCCUCCUGAGCUUAUCAGCCGGGGUGAUCGCCUCCAACCUCCUCGCCGUAUUCCUACACUGGCUAGAUGAUGCCGUGGCCAUGGAAAAAGGUCUCAUCCUGGACUUUGUCGGUCUGAAGACCCGCCCUUCCUUCACCCAAGUCCUCUGCCUCGACGCCUUCCUCAUGUUCUACCAACUCUUCACCCUGUACAUCGCCUACCUCGCAGACCCCCUCCCGGUCGGUUCAGCGGACAAGUUGCUCGAACCUCCCAAAAAGCUCAUCAGAAGCUCCAGACGAUCAAGAAGAAAGCUCAGUGCUGCGGGAAGACGAGAGGACCGAGCGGGAUUGGGGUUGGGCUUGGAUGUUUCAGAGCGGGAUGGGCCGGGGGAGAUCGAUCUGGGCAAGGACGACGAUGGUGAUGAUGACGAGAAUGGGGAUGGUGGUGGCGUUGGCGAUGAUCUGGACCUGGGUAUGGAGGAUGAUUACGAUUACGAACGACGAGCGUUAUUAGGACAAGCUGAUCUCGCUGGUCAUUCUUACCUAUCCACCAACCCAGAAACAAUCACAGGAGCCUCAUCCGACCCGCUAUCACACUCAACACCUCCACCCGCACCUCUGAUCUUCAUCAUCCCCCACCUACAUACCUUCUUCUCGACGAUCUUUACCUACCCAUCGCCUGACCAGCCGGUACUCUCCUUCGCCGGCGCCACCCCCGUACUCGGACCUCGGACGAGCGGGGAGCUGGAUAACGCCGAACAAGGUCAGGUGCCAGUGAGACCAACACCACCACCACCCACGGGGGAUGCCGGUCCGGCUGUACGGAUACCAGGAGGGUUGAACGAUCGUGGGUUUUGGUAGAGUGGACAUUUCGUUAUUAUAGACGGUGGUGAACAGACCCGGACUUGGCGGGCAGAAGAUCGAAAUGGAUGGACGGGUAUGGGAGUAGGACUGGAUAUUUUGUAUCGACCAUUGAAAUUACAUUGCAUCGCAUGUUAACGGUAAGGAGAAAGUAGGCAGAGCAACGCAGAAAGAAGGUCGUUUCCAAAAGUGAAAAUCGAGGAUG